GAGAACAAUCAUGAAAAUAUGUGAUGUUCCUCUAGUAGAUAAUGAAUCUAUGAUUUAAGAUUAUCUAAAUAGAUAAUAGGGAGCUACUCUGAAGGGUACAAAAAGCAUUCACUGGUUACGUUAUCGAGGAAAUUUGAUUAAACAUUAGGAGCAAACUGCGGAGCUAUCGAUCGGGUCUACGAAGUUUGUACUUGACUGACGUCAGUAUAUGUUCAUAUCAUUUUAGCAACCAGCGUAAAAAUAACAAAAAUUGAUAGGGGGUCAUUAGGAUUAUAGGCUGAAUUGUUCCCAUUAGUCUAGCGCAAAGUGCAGACCUGUAUUUCGUACCAACCGAACAUCACAAAAUAGAGGAACAUGUGCUGCUGUUGUAACUGCUCGAAUCUUUCCAAAAAGGUAUGGUCUUUUGUGGGGGUGGUAAUAAUUUUUGGAUUUGCUGCUUUUUUUGGUUUCGGUUUACCAGCAAUAGUAGAUGCAGUUGCGCGAACUGAAUUUAUCAUGGAACCCGGCAGCCAAGUAUAUGAAAAUUGGAUAGAUGGCCAGGUUCCCAUGUAUUUUGACAUUUAUUUCUGGGAUUGGACGAACUCAGAAGAAGCGACAAACGAAAAUGUUCGGCCAAACUUCGUCCAACGUGGGCCGUAUGUUUUUCUAGAACGCCAUGAGAGACAUUUCAUAGAAAGAAAUGCGGAUCACACUAUUACGUUUAAACAGAACAGAACGUGGAUUUAUAUACCAGAACAAUCCAACGGAGAUUUUUAUACUGAUAGAGUAACCACACCUCAAACUAUUCUCAUGACUGUCGGUGCUGUAGUCCAAGAUGAUCCAUUCCUACUGAUGAUAAUGGAUGGAUUAAUCACUGCGAAUAACUUACUGGAUGGAGUAACUUACGAGAAUGUCUUGGUCCAAGAUGUUUUAUUUAACGGAGUAGAAGAUCCAUUAUUAGAAUGGUUGAACGGAAUUGCCGAAUGGCAACCUGAACUUAUAGAAGGUAUUGAAGUUCCUCCCUGGGAUGGGUUUGCAUACUUUGCAGAACGAAAUAACAGCGUCGAGUAUGAUGGUGUCUUCCGAAUGGGUACUGGAACAGAUAUCUGGAGUAAUACUGGACUUAUGGUAACCUGGAAUGGCGAACCUAAUGUUCCUUAUUACCGCGGUGAAUGUGGUAAAGUUCAUGGCUCAACUGGCCAAGUAAAUCCGCCUAUGACUAGUUCACAAAUCGAAAAUCCGGAAGAUUUUAUAUUAUUCGUCACCGAUUUAUGCAGCGCUAUUCGCCUGAAAUACGACGGCGAUUUCGAGUUGGAUGGAAUUCAAGGAAGUGUUUGGAUAGGCGAUAAUCGGGUCUUUGAUAAUGGAAACACAUUUCCAGAAACAGAGUGCCAAUGUACAGCACCGGUAGAAGAAUGCCCUGUGUUGAAACCAGGUUUAUUUGAUGUAUCUGAGUGCAAUUUUGGUGCUCCACUGCUAGUUAGUUUUCCGCACUUUUAUUUGGCAGACCCAAGCUAUUUGAACGCUGUUACCGGAUUAACCCCAACGCGUCAACUACAUGAGUUCCGUUAUGCGUUACAUCCAUUCUCUGGAAUUCCACUGACAGUAAACGGUAGAUUGCAAUAUAAUGUCCACGUAAAAGACUAUGGACUACAAAUCACGAAUGGUUUGCCUGAUAUGGUUUUGCCUGCUUUCUGGGUUGAACAGAGAGUGGUUUUGACGCAAGAAAAGAUCGAUGAACUGAAGCUUAUCUACACGUUACGAGAUGUCGGAAAGUACUUAGGAUGGGCGCUUUUCGGCGUUGGUUGUUUGGCAUUUAUAGUGGCUUUUUAUUUCUCUGUUGCUGUAUGGAAAGACUAACAGUUGCUGAACUACAAUGAAUGAAAAAAUAAACUAGUAGACUAAAUAAAUAAUUAAGCAUAUACAAAGGGUUUCUGCAUUGGAUUUUAUAAUACUCGUUUUAGUUGAGGCCUAGGAAAGGGCUAUAUUCCAUGGUGUACAGUAAUUUUUAAGCAAAGGAGUCAAUUUUAUUAGCCCUCAUAGUGGCUCUAACAAAAUGUUUGGUGUAUGUCUGUGUGCUACUUUUUAAUGCAAGCCUGGUUCAUAGAAAAAUGUUAAAUAUUGAUUUAUAAUGGUGAAAUAUAAGUAACA